AUGAUCGAGGACGAUUUUUACCGUUCCUCAUCCCAGUUUCGAUUCUGGUCGUUCACCGAAACGUCCCUGCAAUCCCUACGAGCCAAAACCAAUUCUCUUGCCAGUGACCGCGUACGAACUGCUUUGCGCAAGGCACGAGAUAAUCGUCAAUCGGCCGCCUCGUCGGCAGCAGGCACGCCAAACCCCACCGGCAGCGAUGCGGACAGCAAAGCCGGGGAGGAGAAGGACGUCGAGUGUUUGACACCAGAGGAGGAGCAAGUGCUUGUGCGAUAUUUCUGCGAACAGCUUGUUGAGUUAGGAGAGAGCUAUAAACCACCGCUGCCGACGAUAGUUCGGGCCACCGCAAUCCAAUACCUUCGCCGCUUCUACCUCACCAACUCCCCCAUGACCUACCACCCGAAAACCAUCAUGCCGUGCGCUCUCUUCCUCGCGACAAAAACGGACAACUACUACCUCUCGCUGCGUCAAUUCGCCGAGGUCGUUCCCGGCGACACCACCGCGGACGACAUCAUCGCGCCCGAGUUCCUCGUCAUGCAAAGCCUGCGCUUCACCUUCGACGUGCGACACCCCUUCCGCGGCCUCGAAGGCGGCAUCAUGGAACUCCAAGCGAUGGCGCAAGGCCUCGGACAACCAGCGCCUCACUUCCCCCAGCAAACAGCCGACGAGCUACGCCGUCAAAUCCUCUCCCUACCCCCCUCCCAAUCCACCCACCAGUCCUCCUCGAUCAACGAUCGCCUCGCCCGCGCACACACCACGACCCGCGAACUCCUCAAAUCCGCCGCCCAAAUGACAGACGCAUACUUCCUCUACACGCCCUCGCAGAUCUGGCUCUCGGCCUUCCUCCUCGCCGACCGCCCCCUCACCGAAUUUUACCUCGACACGAAACUCGGCGGUCCCCUCGGCCCCUCUCAACAGGGGAACCCACUCUACGACCUCCGCACCAAACUCAUCCGCACGCUCACCGACUGCUCCGCCCUCCUGAAAUCCUACACGCCUCUCGCGUCCGACCCAGACCAGAAAAAGAACCUCCGCCGCAUCGGCAAGAAGCUAUAUCACUGCCAGAACCCGGCCCCGGAGAAAGCCAACCUCGCCGGUCAGAAACGCAUCCCAGCUGCGGCGGCAGCUGGCGCAGCGGGCGGUGGAAGUGGAGCGGACCCUGGCACGUCAGAGAGCGAGGUGGAGCGGCUAGCGAAGAAGCGGAAGUUGGAACGCGAGCAGAAGGAGAAACUAGGGAAUGAUUUGUUCGGCGGGGAGCUUGUUGCGCAGCGGACCAAGGAGGGGGGUCAUAGUAUGCAGCAAUAA